GUGCGUGACGCCACGAGCAAAAACAAGGACCACAGGCGAGUGAUGAGUAGCUAGCUCCGUUCAACGCAAUGUAAUUCCCUUAUCUAAACAGCUGUUACAAUCGAAAGCAAAAACCCACGCGUGAAACAUCUCGACAAUUAAGAUUUCACUCCCGUUUACAGUGUCUGUAGCACUCGUACCGGAAACGAUAUCACACGAAUGCUACCGCUAAAUAUUAGCUGGCUAGCUGACAGUUCAAAUCGACGUCUCAUAUCAGUAAACAUCGCGUUAGGCUGCUUUUUACUAUUAAUAAUGUUAUUAAUAAAAGCUUAUCCCUCCUCACGAGGAAUACCGACAGCGGAAAAUUGGUGUAUUGUUGAAUAGAAAUUGCUCUGCGGUUAUGGCCUUCAGCUUACAACAUGUAGCAGGAUUUUCACAAUACACCAAUUUAAAAAACAUCAAACGUCAUUCUCCUUUGCAUUCAUUCACUAAAGCACAUAAGCCCUGUGAGUAACAGCUAAUAGACAAGAGAGGCUGAUAGAGUGCACCAUGUCGGACCUGGACACCCUCAUAGUCACCUUUCAGACCCAGCUUUCAGAUGUGAUGGAGGCUGUAGUGAAGACAGCCAUGUUUGAGGUGACCAGGUUGGUGGAAGAUGUGUUUUUGGUGGAGGUGAAGCGCAGGAGCCAGGAGAUAGAGUCCCUGAGGAUGCAGCUGCAGUGGAUUGAGAGCAAAUUCAAGGAUCAAGCAGGGAAAGAAGGAGGAAAGACUGGAAGGGGCGUGCACUGUGCAAGGCAUGGUGUGGAACUGUCCACUGACACUGCAGAAGAAAGGCCUAAAAACCAUCAGGAAGAACAAGUGAGGGGCCUUAGUGUGAAGACAGAGAGUGAUUCUUUUGAAAGAUGGACAGCAAGCUGCAGACUAGAAGUCACAUCAGAGUCGCUACCAGAGGCAGACAGUGCUACAGCUGCACAGAGCCCUGAAAGGGAGUCAGAGGCAGCAGAAGAAAAGGAUGUGAGAUCAGCUGUUGCUACGAAGGAGGAAGAAAUUAGUCAGCCAUCUUGCUCCUCUGUGCAUAUGGGAGGGUGGAACUGUAGUGAUGAAGAGGGACCUGGAUCAGACAACGAGAGUGGGACAGUUGAGGUACAACCCAAACAGACUGAAGAAAACAGUGAGGAAUUAUUGAGAAAUGUCAUGAAGAAAGACCCACAGAUAGCUGCCGGUUAUGUCUUUCCUGAAGACAGGCAGGAAAAACACCUGUCUACAGAUCGACCGCGUGUUUCAUCUUUGGAAAUAGAUACCAGUUGGGCUGGCUUGACUGUCACAGGUGCUGAGUUGUUGCAGAAUCCCAGACUUGGAGCUGAAACGGAACGUGAUCCAGUCAAAACUAAAGCAGAACAUGAGCUGUCUGAUUCUGUCAGAGCGGACAUUCAGGUUACCCCAGGCAGAGAUAAAAUUUCAUCCUCAGGGUCCCCUAAGGCAAGACUAAAAAACAGUGAUGUUUUAGGCCUGACUAUCAAGAAGGAAGUCAUUCUUGAUUCUGAUGGAUGUGAGGAAGGUGAGCAUAUAGAAAAGAAAAUAACAAACUCAGGUAUGUCCUCUUUUUCAUGUUCAGUAAAGCAGCACAAGGUGAGUUCAGAAGCACACAGACUAAACCACAUUUCUCAAAAAGCUGCUGUGCAAGAGGUUAUGAAGCUACAUUCCAAAGCCGGUUCAGGUUUCAGAUUGCAAGCCGCUUUACAGCAUCUCCACCGACCGAUGAAAAAGCCCUCUCACACUCUCUCGAACAGUACUGCUGCGGCACUGUCUAUAGCUCCCUCUCAAGUUGUAAACUUAAAUAACCUUCAAAGAAUUCCCUCCACAUCCAAAGCAUCUCCUGCUGUAUCCUCAAUCCAGCGAGUUCACCUGGGUGACAAACAGACAUCAACCCUUAAUCGAACUGGAGACUCCUGGGUCAGCAACAGAACCCAGCACCAUCCUGCAAACUCUCACCACGUCAGUCCUGGUACCCAUCCAGACUCUCAGUCUCACGCCGCUCCAAGGCAUCUCCUACGCUGUGGGCAGUGUGGGAAGUGCUUCCCCCACCCCAGUAACUUGAAGGCCCACCUGCAGACUCACACAGGUGAGCGGCCUUUCUGCUGUUCGCUCUGUGGCCGGAGUUUCACCAAGCUGAGCAACCUUAAAGCGCACCGUCGCGUCCACACUGGAGAGAGACCAUACUGCUGCUUGGCCUGUGGCAAACGCUUUACCCAGAAAUGUAAUCUCAAACGCCACCAGAGGAUCCACCUUGAUGCAUGUUGAUAGAGAUCCAACAUACAUCAUGAAAGGACAAAUUAAAUAUGUGUAUUUCUUUAAGAUGCUACAGAGCUAUGUUGUGUUGCAAUACAGUCUGUGUGAGGCUUUGCAGGCCUUCUUUUUGUAUAUUUAUCUUUUAAAGUGAUUGUCCUGAAUAAUACUGUGCAUUCCAGAAAGGUUAAUCUAAUAACAUAUAAAAAUGUUUUAAUGUUACUAAAGGAUGAAAAACAAGAAUGUGUUGUGUCGUUUACCGUGUGCAAAGAUAGGUCAGUUGAUACAUUUGGUCAGUAAAAGACUGUGAAUAUGCAUAUUAUCGUGUUGUGUCAACUGCAAUGUGCCUGUGAGCACACAAGCACUUGUCAGCCAUGGAUCAGAUCCUACAUUUAUCAGCUGUAACAUUUAUUCAAACUGGAAAGCCUAGCUCUAAAAAUACUUUGCAAAAUACUACAAAUUUAAACAGAUAUCCACAGGACACUGAAAUUGGUUAAGGUGCAGUAGUUAACCUCCUAGGACCUGGCGUCCACAUAUGUGGACAUCACAUUUUGGGUUGUCUAGACCAAAAUACUCAAUUUUGCUCUACAAGGGCCCGAUAUCCACUUAUGAGGACAUUAUACUGCCUUUGUUUUAUGAAACUUUAAAACGAAUAUCCUCAUAUGUGGCUCUCAUUUUUCUUAGAAACAAAAACCGGGUAAAAAAAAAAAAAUCUUGUGGUUCUUUGUUUGUGCAUUCAUCGGGUCCCAAUAUGCCAAAAUAUCAAAGAGAAAUUAAAAAUGCAUGCCGUGGAAGAGUUCGGGUCUUAGGAGGUUAAUGUCUGCAACAGCAACUUUUCUUGCUAUACCUCUCGUUAUGCCAACUUUGCGUUAAAAAAAAAUUACUGGUCGCUGAUUGAUGUUUAUUGAUCGGUGCUUAGAUUUUGUUUUUAAUGAGGAAAAUUACAUCACAAAGAAAAAGCUUAUGACUGCUCCCUUAUUUGUAAGGAGCUGCUGCAGCAGAUGGAGCCACAUAUUUGAUUUGGCACUGACUUUUAAGCUGGAUGCUCUUCCUGAUGCAACCCUCCCAGGGAUUUGUGCCUGCUCUCGGGGAUUUGUGCCUCCUCCCAGUCUUGUACCGGGGAUCUUUCAUGUUGAGGGAAUGUGUUAACAGCGCUGCCCUAUUGAUUACAUCAUAAAGUAAGAAAAGUCGCGAUUGCCAUAAUCUAGAAGAACAUCCAUUUAAUUAAUUUUUAGCAUAUAAUUUUUAAUACAAGAGUUUACUGCCUGCAGAGUAAGUUGAUAAAUGGUUCCAAGUUGUUCUUUAAAACUUGUUAAUAAAUAUAGGCCCAAAUCAUUUGAUCUAAGAACCCUCCCUCCGGUAACGAAACAGUUUUAAUGUAGAUGCAUCCUUUUUUUAUUUUAAAAUUGUACAAUGAUCGAUGAUCUGAUAUUUCAAGAUGGAAAGAUUUCUUUACCAAUGUCUUGAAAAGUGUUUCUUUUGAAAAAUGAUGUAUCAUAAGUGAUGACUACAUUCAUAUUUAAAUAUUCAUUAAUCGUAUCUGUUUAAGUAAAAAAAAAAAGCCUUAAAAUAACCCUGAUAUUAAGGUUUUAAACAAUAUUGCAGUAUCUUAAUUGAACACUUGGUGUCAUCCUUUCACCAAACUUAUUUUGGCAAUGAGGACCUUGGCAGAGAUUUUUUUUUGAGGAUUUCGUAUCCUCUUGUCUUGCUUCUAAUGUAAUAAUGGAAUAUAGAGGCGCUCUAAAAGAAAACCCCUCCAUUAGAGUAACAAUCCGUGGUAACAAGUGUCUGUAAGCACUGUUUUAGCUGAUCUGUGUGCCCAGACCUGUGUGUGUUACAUAUCUUACACUCAGGAUUAGGCUUGAUGUGUUGUAUCUGUGAAGUCAGAGCAGCACUGUGCAGGUGGUACAACCGAUAACAUUUUAAUCUUAUUUUCAAGGUGAGGAAAAAGCUAGCAGAGGCUGAUCUCUUUCUCCGUGUGUACAUGUAUGCGUGUGUGUGGAGAGAGAAAAUGUGGAUUAAAGCAGUGCUUCUGUCUACAGAUGGUAUCUUUCCUUUUUGAUGUUUGAACCCAAUAACAAGAGAAGUUAUCUGUGAGGUGUAAUUAAGAAAUACCUACUUAGCUGAAUCUGCAGUGAGCAUAAUAGAUAGUGCUUGUUGUUUGUGGGGGAUUGUGAAACUAGUCUGUUUAAUGUGUGCGGUGCUCAGUAUACCUAAACAUUGCUGUAUGCAUCGCGCAAACAUUUACCUUCUGCCUGUGCAUUUCAAACACUCUUGUAUGAGUCAUCGUUUUGUUUUAAUUCCAUCGCUGAAGCGGUUUUUCUGAAGAUGUUUAUUUGGUUAAAAAAAAAAAAGCAAAUACAAAAAAGACCAAACCACAAUUAUACUUUCAUUUUCCCUUUCCUGCUCUCUUUUGCACUUUGAUUUGAACACGUUUCCCUUUCUUCUGAGACUCUUUCUGGCCUGUCAGGGAAUCAUAAGCCUCACUAAGUCGGUAGCCUUAUGAAUAAUAGGAAGCUGUUUUUUUGUGUGCAGGUUGGUCUUUCUGACUUUUUCUUUGGUGACAUCAGAAAGCCACUUCAAGCUGGGACGCUGUUAAGCUUGAUUUGGCUUAAAAAAAGAAAACAUACUCUAAGAGAGGAGGAAAUUUUUGGCACUUCUCCACAGAGAUUUUGUUCUGAGCCAAGACAAGAAUUAUAAUACAGGCAUUUUUAAACCAAUUUUGUUAAGUAGAGUUUCAUUUAUUCAAGCAUGAAAUACAUUUUUGUUUGUCCAGUAGUUAGAAAUAGAACAUUUGUAAUCGCCCCCACAAAGGCCUGUAAUGGUGGUUAUAAAAGGAAAAAUGUGGGCUCUCCUGCCACUGACUUUAAAUGCUUAAAACAAAAUAAAGAAAUCAUGCCACAAGGCCUGCAGUAAGUUGAUCUACUGGAAAUAAAGUCAUCAUUGCUACUGUGCUGCUGUUUCUUUUAAUUUUGUCACCUUCCUCUUCCUAAAAGCAGAGUGAUAAUAAUUUCUCUAUAUUUUUACUAAUCAAUAGCUCAGUCAAACUAGAGCAAAAAUAGGACAGAGACUGAUGGCAACUAGAAAAAAUCAGGGAUGGCCUGCGGAUUUUAUUGAAAUUCUUUGCACUUUGCAAGCAAUUGCAAGUUGUGUGACAACCAGCUGGUUCUUUAAAGGCUGAGUGUGCAACACUCUCCACCUGUGAACAACCACUUUCAAUCUCAAUGUGAGUGCGCAGGUCACCUGGUGAUAGACAGCUGACUGUGAGUGGUCACAGACCAGGGCCCUGUGGCAAAUAUUUUCAUUGGGCUGCUGUCUCCAGUCAGUUUUUCCUAGUGUGACUGUAGCAUAAUAGAAAAAUCAAGCACAUCUGUAUGCACAAUAUUUUGGUAUUUUACAUUUUUGUUUUAAUGGCCUUGGUGUCUGGUAUCUUGGUCUAAAUAAUAAGCUACCUAAAACCUUUUGUAAUAGAUUGUUUUCUCUUGCCCUGGCCUGCAAAUGUUUUUUUCUUGUUUUUCUUGCUGUUUGAGUUCACCUGUAGUAUAAAACACCUCUGUAAAAUUUAUUUUAUUGGUGUAAGCUGUAAGUCCUUGCACUUGUUAUUACCACAUCACCAUGUCUCUUUUCAUCUGUGACUCUGGCUGAUCUGAUCCUUUCGUGGCUUUCAAGAACCAAAGAAAUGAUCGCCCAGUGAAUCUUUUAAGAAAUGUUUGGACUGGAGAGCAUAAACAAACUGUGUAUUGCCAUGUUUAAGUUGGAGGAGUUGUCAAAAAAUGUAGUCACCUGCUAUUGUUGAGUUGUUCAAGAAAAGGGCAUAAUAGUCAAGUAAGUGAACCAGGUGUAGGUUAUAGCAAAAUACUACAUCACACAAAAUCAAUAGGGCAAGAAGCCUUUCAUGCUCUUCCAGAAAAGCUAUUCUUCCUCCACAGUAAAUGACGCUUUAUUGUGACAGCCCUUUAUUUAAGCUUAAAUACACAAAAGCCUGUAGUAUAUUCCUUCACAAUCAAGACUCAUAUUGGCCUUGCCUUUCCAUCUCACACUGUUUUUAAUAUGUUCCUAAUUGUAACAUGCAAUUCAGCAUUGUCAAGUGUUUUUUAGCUACUGCCUUUCAUUACCUUGAGCCUGUUAACACUUCCCAAAGCUGGGAGAGAGACAAAGGAAUCUGAAAGAAGCUGACAAGAAAGGAUGCUGAAAGAAUGCACCAUGAAGAAGACAUGUAAAAUUCCUAAUAUUCAAAGAACCGUCACCCCCUCGUACAAUAACAGUAGAAGUGCUUGACUGGACCUAAUAAUUUGUCUUCAUAGCUGAAGUGAUGGCUAUACAAUAAAAGGAAAAAAGCACUUUUCUCUGCUGUGUCAAACCAUUUCAAUAUUAUAUUCAGUACUUUCCAGGCCAAGGAGCGCACUGUGGAAGAUUUAUGUCAUGUUGCAAGGCUAGUGUGCCUUAUUCAUCACACCUUCAUAUUUCAUAAAAGCAGUAUGAUGUGUUUUUCAUUCCAACCUUUAUUCUCUGUUUAUUCUUCCUUGUAUGCUCACUAAAACUAUUUAGAAGUAAGUU